AAGUUACAAACUGCAUACCGGAAGCAGCAGCUCGCGGACACUUUGAGGGAAAACGUUUCUACCGAUUUUACGGUUUGACAUUAAACCGGAGAAAACAGGUUAAAAUCACCGGGAGGAUUAAGAGAGAGAGAUAGAGAGAGAGAGAGAGAAGAGAGAGGGAAGAGAGAGAGGGAGAGAGAGAGAGAGAGACUAACGGCAGAGAGAGAAACGGGAGGAAGAAGAGGAACAUGGCGGACUCUACAGGACGCUAUGAGCGUCUGACAGCAGAGCAGAUGGAUGAGCAGAGGAUUCAGAGCGUCGCCUAUCAGUACCUCUGCAGACUGGAGGAGGCCAAGAG